GGAGUCGUGAGAAUCGCAUGAAUCCGAUUCCGGAAUCGGAUUCCAUUUUCGAUUCACCUGACAGAUGAAUCGAAAAAUGUGAAAUCUGACUCUUUUCAAGCAGGAAUCGCAAAUGUAAUAUGAUUCGCGAUUCCGGUAAUUUGAUUCUCGCGACUCCGAUAUUUCGAUUCUCUCGACUCCGAUAUUACAAUUCUCGCGACUCCUCAUUAGUCAUUACGAUUCUCACGACUCCUCAUCAUUACGAUUCUCUAGACUCUCACAAUGAACGAAAUCACCCAAAUUCAAUUGAAAAGCACAAAUACAAAAAAGUGUAAUUUUCAUAAAUAUUCUUUUAUCUAAUUUUUGCCGGUUGGCGCUGAAAAGUGGUUGUGAAAGUGAAUCUGAAUGAUGAAUUUAGAAUUUAUCAUUGUUUUACUAAUAACAUGGAGUUGUGAUGGGAAUCUGGCUGGAGUCGUGAGAGGAAUCUGGUUGGAGUUGUGAGAGGAUCCUAAGAUGAGUCGUGAGUGGAAUCUGAAUCGGAGUCGCGAAAGGAAUCGGAAUCGAAAAUUACGAUUCGGAUUCGGAUUCCUAUAUCUGGCGAAUCUGAUAAGCGGAAUCGGGACUCAAAAUUUUGUGGAAUCACACCAUUUGGAAUCCGAUUCUCAAGCUCCUGGAAUCGCGCCAACUCUGCUGUAAGUAAUUUCAACAAAAUUUCACAUUAAGGAGAGCCGUCAAGAGGAAUUCUGUCAUAGGUAUUUCGGUUAAGAACAAUAUGAAAAUGUCUUGGCAGCCGCAAGAAGAAGGUCUCCGACAAAUUUUACAACUUCUGAAAGAAUCUCAAUCCCCAGAUACAGCUAUUCAGCGAGCUGUCCAACAAAAAAUGGAAGAACUUAAUAACUAUCCCGACUUCAAUAAUUACCUAAUAUUUGUUUUGACAAAACUUACUUCAGAAGACGAACCUACCAGGUCAUUAAGUGGACUCAUUCUGAAAAAUAAUGUAAAAACGCAUUACCACGAAUUAGUGCCAGCUGUAAUACAAUUUAUCAAAUCCGAAUGUUUAUCCGCUAUUGGAGAUCCUUCUCCAUUGAUAAGAGCUACCGUGGGUAUCCUAAUUACGACGAUAUCUUCGCGAGGUGAACUCACUUCUUGGCCCGAACUGCUACCAACAUUAUGUAAUAUGCUCGACUCCAACGAUUACAACGUUUGCGAAGGUGCUUUCGGAGCAUUGCAUAAAAUCUGCGAAGAUUCAGCCGAAGUUCUUGAUAGUGAUGCAUUUGGAUCAGAAAGACCUCUCGAUGUUUUGAUUCCCAAAUUUUUACAAUUCUUCAAACAUAAUAGUCCUAAAAUAAGAUCUCAUGCUAUAGGUUGUGUAAAUCAGUUUAUCGUGAGUAGGACCCAAGCACUUAUGAUGCACAUCGACGGCUUUUUAGAGAGUUUAUUCCAUUUAGCAUCCGAUGAUGAUCCUGAAGUUAGAAAGAAUGUCUGUCGAGCCCUAGUAAUGUUAUUAGAAGUUAGAAUCGACCGUCUAGUGCCACAUUUAAAUCAUAUAAUCGAAUACAUGCUGAUACGUACUCAAGACCCGGACGAGAGUGUAGCGUUAGAAGCUUGUGAAUUUUGGUUGUCUUUGGCAGAACAAGAUGUAUGUCGUGAAGUACUGCCUCAACAUCUGGCCAGAUUGAUACCCACACUAGUUCGAGGAAUGAAGUACUCCGAAAUCGACAUUAUUCUACUCAAGGGCGAUGUUGAAGAAGAUGAAAUGGUACCCGAUCGAGACGAAGAUAUUCGACCUCGUUUUCAUAAAUCUAGAAACGUUCGACAUACUCAAGAUGGUGUCGAUGCGAACGCAGGAUGUGAAAAUGGGAGCAUUGAAGAAGAAGAAGACGAUUGUUUGGAUGAUGACAGUUCUCUGUCCGAUUGGAAUCUUCGUAAAUGUAGCGCAGCAGCUCUUGACGUAUUGGCGAACGUAUUCAGAGAUCAAUUACUGCCAGUAUUACUGCCAAUUCUACGCGAAACUUUGUUUCAUCAAGAGUGGGACAUUAAGGAGUCCGGUAUAUUGGCGUUGGGAGCUAUAGCUGAAGGUUGUAUGACUGGAAUGAUUCCUCAUUUGAAUGAACUAAUACCUUAUUUGAUUGCUUGCCUGUCGGAUAAGAAAGCUUUAGUUCGUUCUAUAACUUGCUGGACAUUAUCUAGAUACUCGCAUUGGGUAGUGGGCCAGCCUCACGAAUUAUACCUAAAACCUUUAAUGGACGAACUACUGAAACGAAUAUUAGAUCCUAAUAAGAGAGUUCAAGAAGCAGCCUGCUCGGCAUUUGCUACUCUGGAAGAAGAAGCUUGCACAGAACUAGUACCUUAUUUGGGAUACAUUUUACAAACUUUGGUUUUCGCAUUUACCAAGUAUCAGCAUAAAAAUUUAUUGAUUUUGUACGAUGCCAUUGGAACUUUAGCCGAUUCAGUUGGUCAUCAUUUGAACAAACCUGAUUACAUCAGUUUAUUAAUGCCUCCUUUAAUUCAAAAGUGGAAUUAUUUGAAAGACGAAGAUAAAGAUUUAUUUCCUUUACUAGAGUGCUUGUCCAGCGUAGCUACUGCUUUACAAUCUGGCUUCUUACCAUAUUGCGAGCCAGUCUUCAAGAGAUGCGUAUCGCUAAUCGAACAAACUAUUAAUAAAACUCAAGGUUUUAAUCAAAAUCCCGAUCGAUUCGAAGCGCCAGAUAAAGACUUCAUGAUCGUAGCCUUAGACCUUCUUUCUGGUUUGGCGGAAGGUCUCGACGGACAUAUAGAAAAAUUAUUGGUGAAUUCGAAUAUGAUGCAGUUGUUGUAUCAGUGUAUGCAAGAUAAUAUGCCUGAAGUGAAACAGAGUUCGUUUGCAUUACUAGGAGACCUUACGAAAGCCUGUUUCCAACAUGUCAAACCGUGUACACCUCAAUUCAUGCCAAUUCUCGGACGAAAUCUGAAUCCUGAUUCGAUUUCGGUUUGUAAUAAUGCCACUUGGGCCAUCGGAGAAAUAUCGGUGAAAUUAGGCGAAGAAAUGAGAGAAUAUAUUCCGUUGAUUUUGAAUCAGUUGGUGAUGAUUAUAAAUCGCCCCAACACUCCUAAAACGUUACUCGAAAAUACAGCCAUAACAAUUGGCCGACUAGGUUUAGUAUGUCCUCAUGAUGUUGCUUUCGUGUUGCCUCAGUUUGUACGGCCAUGGUGCGCCUCUUUACGAAAUAUUAGAGAUAACGAAGAAAAAGAUAGCGCCUUCCGUGGAAUGUGUCAUAUGAUAACGGUGAAUCCAGGUGGUGUCGUUCAAGAUUUCAUAUUCUUUUGCGAUGCGGUCGCUUCUUGGAUAAAUCCGAAACCAGAAUUGAAAGAAAUGUUCCAUAAGAUUUUGCACGGGUUCAAAGAUCAAGUCGGAGAAGAAAAUUGGAAGCAGUUUUCUGAUCAAUUUCCGGAACAGUUGCAGGAGCGUUUGUCUUCUGCAUACGGAGUGUGAACGUAGCUCUGCUGGGAAUGGUGUGGCGAAAUGUGGGUGAAACCUUCGUCGCAUCUAGCGGGGUUCAAUAUUUUUUUUUACUUGAUUCUCUCUGAUAAAGGAGGGUGGAAGGGAGGGGACAAGCCCUUUUAAAGUUACACACAAACACGAUUUGUCGUUGGACAUAACUUUUUUUUCAACCGGUAAAUUCUCCACCUUUACCGAUACUCAUUAAUCAGAUGUUUUUAUUUUUCAUUUUUAUUAUACGCGCUGGAAAGAACGUAUGAAAUUAAUUUAUUUUUUGAUUUAACGUGAAGACUUCGAAUUAUGAGAUUGUAUUACCGCGAAACUUUGUUAUCUUUAUUUUUAUUUAGAAAAUCAUAGUUUUUUUGUCCAUCUUUUUAUUUUUUAUUUUUAUUUUUUUUCCUUUUUCAUCCCUUGUUGUUAUAUUUGUUUUUUCCUGUUUUUUUUUUGUUUUUUUUUCCUUUAAAGAAACGAUUUACAUGUUUGUCCAAUUUUGGGUCCUAAGUAUAAUUAUCAUAGAUUUUAUUAAUAUUAUUAAUGACGAUACGACGGUCUUUCUUAAUAUUUUAUUUGUAUCGCUUUCUAUCCAUGAUCCAACAUCGUACAUUAUUUGAAUAUUUCACAAUUUUAUGUUUAUCUUUAAUUGUAUGAUCAUUAUAACUUUCUUACUAUCGUUUUUAUUGUAAUUAAUUAUUUAUUUAAUGUUAUAAAUAAUCACAACAAAAUUGCCGCUUUUAAUCGCUUUUCGAUAGAGAUGUAUCUACCAAAUAUUUUGAAUUGUGAACGAUUUCAUAUUUUAUUUUUGUUGUUGAAAAAUUGUAAAGUUUCUUUUACCUAUUUUUUUCUUUUUUUUUUUUAAAUCCGUCAUACCUGUUUUUUUUUAUUUGUUUAAUAUAAAAUUAGCUAAUUUCAUUCCUUAAAUUAUAGGUGUUUUGAGAAAAAUAAAUUCGCAUUACUAUUUUUGA